AUGCUGUACCUGGGCAGCUGGAGCUAUCGAGUACCGCGCACGCACUCGCCACGCCCGCGCACCUCCUCGACCUCGUCCGCCCACCUUCGCUCUCGACCAGACCUCACUCCCUGGCAGGUCACUCUUCGCAACAUGCUCGACCAGCUCCCGCCCGAGGUCCUCUGCAGCAUCUUCUCGUACAUCCUGCCGCCUGUCUCGUGGAGCUCGAGCCGCUCGCGCCGCAAGAUCCUGUCCCGCCUCGGCCGCGUCUCGGUCAAGUGCGCCCGUGCCGCCCAGACGCUCCUGUUCGAGGUCGUCCAACUCGACUCGCUGCCGACCGCAGUGUCCUGGUGCAGGACCGUCGAGACGGUCCCGCAGGCGCGUUUCCUCGCCCAGUGGCGUACCCGCAAGCUCUUCAUCUCGCCGGGCGACCUGCGCAUGGCGCGCAUCUUGGUCGAGCGCGUCCUCAGCACGGUGCCGGCCGUCAAGGAGCUUUGGCUCGCCGACGUCGCGUGCAACCUCCUCUCUGUGUCGAUACUGCCUCAACUCGAGUCGUGCUUCAUGUCGAGCGUCGACCUCCGCCUCGAGGUGGACAGCAACAAGUACCUGCUCUACCUGCCCGAGCUCCGCGUGCUCGCCCUCAGCCUGUGUGUCGUCUCCAUCGGCUCCAAGGUCCUCGAGUUCAGCGACCUCCUGUGCCUCGAGUCGUUCCCCAAGCUCACGGCGCUCGCCGUCACCUGGUCCAAGGACACGUCCGAGCCCGAGAUGCACCGCCUCGACAAGCAGCUCACGCACCUGUUCCUCCGUCGCGUGCCUCACGGCCGCAGUGCGCGCGACGAGUACCCAGUCCUUCCCUGUGGCGAGCUCAAGCGCGCGACGUCCCUCCAGCACCUGUCGCUCGACCUGCACGACGCCGACGAGAUCUCUGCCCUCGAGGCCGUCCCCGUCGAGCUGUCCUCGCUCCGCAUCAUGAGCAACGAUCGGUCGCAGCCGACCCUGAUCGAGCGCGACGUCCUCGAGUCCGACUACACCUGCCUCGACUCGCUCCGGUACCUCAUCGUCGAGCGGGUCGACCACGACGAGGCCGCCAUGCGCGAGGAGACAAUGGCCCUGUGCGACGCUGUCGCCAUCGAGCUCGUCGAGGUACAAAGCUCGGGCAAGCUCGAGGACUUUGCCGACGAGCGCAUGUGGUUGCGCAUGACUCGCGCGAGGAUGGCGCCCGUGCCGGUGCAGCGUGUCGGAGCGAGGGCCGUCUUUGGCGCGGGCUCGGCGUCGAUCUCGCCUCGUCCAGAGGCGUCAACGUCGGCGGCGGUUACGACGACUUGA